AUGUCGAUUAUUAAAACAAAGAUCUGGAUGCCUAAUGAUGUUUACAUAUCAGAUAAAACUAACUUCAAAGCUCAAGAGAACAAAUGCCAAGAGCUCCUGGACUCUGGGAAUGAAGUUAUAAUUCACGGUUUAGGUAAAGCUGUCAAUAGAGCCAUUAACUUGACACUGCAGCUUAAAUCAAAAGGACUAGGCACAGUACAGGUGUGUGUUCAGACAUCCACAGUUGACCUUGUAGAUGAUUAUAUUCCAGAAUCUGACGACAGAGACAUGAAAACUGCUAUCAGAAGCAACUCAGCCAUCCAUAUUCGUGUUUACAGGUCAGAUGAUAUCUCUCAACUAAAGCAAGUGGAAUCCCAGUUAGCAGUUAAAGACAAGUCAUAACUGUCCUUCAUGCUCAUAGUAUUUAUUGUUUGUUGAAAUGUACCUACAUUGUAAAAAUUAAAUCUACAUAUU